UUUGUCGGCGUCAGUCGCUUGAAAUCUGUGGUUUCUGAUGUGAAUAGAUAAAAGUCUGCUUUUAUAAUUUAAUACCUUUUUAUAGUUUAAUCAUGAGAUUUUACUAUUCAUUCUGCUAUUUUUGAUUUUUCCAAAUGAAAUUGUACAAAUUUUAUCCUAGAAAGUGUUAUAAGUUAUAACGUAAUAAGCUAGAUUACUGGUCUCAGAAACUAAAUGAUAGCAUCGAAGUGUCAACCAAGCCAACAACAGAGGCGGCGGCAGCAGCAUCAGGAGGAUACGAAACAGAUGAAGAGGAGCUGAGAAGAGAAACUGAAUGUAUACUUCAGAAGAACAGAAGACCCAAGAAGAGGAAAGCAAGUGAAUCCCCGACAAUAGCAUCCCCACCAAAACCUGUUGGCAAAUCUACAAACAAGAAUACUUGCUUGGUUGUACCUUUCCGUGAUAAUGUCGUGUGUCAAUGUUGAUGAGUUUGAAUUUGUCCCACCAAAGAAGGCAGUUCUCAAAAUGAGUGACAUGGAAGUAUGGGAGAAAUCAGAGGCUUAUCUUGAGUAUAUGGGAUUUAUUAUGGCAAUGAAUGAGGCAGUGAAACAUCAGCCUAUGAAACUGUCUGAAACUCCUGAAAGGCUGAAAGGUAUGAUGGAUCUGUUGAAAACAUUGGAUGAUUGGGUUGAUGAGAUUCCACCAAUUGAACAACCUCAGCGUUUUGGAAAUAAAGCAUUCAGAACUUGGUGUAGCAAGUUGAAUACCGAAGCAUUACAACUGUUACACAAAGCUCUACCAGAAAACUUGCAUAGAGCAGUGCCAGAAAUCAAAGAAUAUCUUGUUGAAAGUUUCGGUAGCGCAAGCAGAAUAGACUACGGAACUGGCCAUGAAAUGGCUUUCUGCAUGUUUUUGUGUUGCUUGUUCAAAAUUGGAGCAUUCGAACGGUCACAAAGUAUGGAAGUCAUAUUUUUAGUCUUCAACUCAUACUUGGAAUUGGUGAGAAAAUUGCAAACAGUCUACAGGAUGGAGCCUGCUGGCAGUCGUGGGGUCUGGUCUCUUGACGAUUAUCAAUUCAUCCCUUUCAUUUGGGGUAGUUCUCAACUUAUAGAUCAUCCCAGAAUUGAACCUCGAUCAUUUGUGCAACCAGAUAUAGUUGAAUCAUUCUACAAAGACUACAUGUUUCUAGGGUGCAUAAAGUUCAUCAAUCAGGUCAAGAAAGGACCAUUUGCUGAACAUUCAAAUCAGCUCUGGAAUAUCAGCGCAGUUGGAUAUUGGAGCAAAGUUAACCAAGGUCUAAUAAAAAUGUACAAAGCUGAGGUCCUGUCCAAGUUCCCUGUAAUCCAACAUGUUCUGUUCGGAAGUCUUCUACCAUUUCGUAUUCCACCAAAAGAACUAUCAACAUCUCAAUAUUAAUGUAUGUCUUACUUCUGUGAAUGUAUGUUAUUUUGUUGUUAAUUUAUUCAUUAAAUGUGAUGUUAUAUAAAAUUCA